GUUACAAUCUGGUAGCCAGUGACUAUUUGUACUGCACCCAGGGUUGCAUGGUUCUUUUUCUCUUCCAUUUUCUUGACAGGAGUCGAGUUUUUCCUAGUUUUCUCCACCUCUGUCGCCUCCUCCAAUCACUCCUCCAGAAAAGAACCUGCUUAGCUCACGACCCUCGACCGCCUCCCCUCUUCCUUUUUCCCCUAAAAAAUCCCUUGUUAAACAACCCCCCCCGACUACGUCACAACCUUUUCUUCUACUCUCCCCUUCAACAGGUACUCUGGAGUACUGAACCCUACUUACUAUACCGAGUGACUACGCCAAAAAAGCAUCGACACCAACUCUAAAACAGACAUUAUAUCAGAUCUGGAGAUAGAUAUCAACCUCUCCUUCUGUCCAGUCGAUUGUCUCUCUGCAAUCAACUGGUCUUGACUCAUCUUCAUCUCUUAACCCUCUCUCCCUUAUUCAUCAUCGCGCGACACUGCUGAACUCGCCUCGGUCGCCUGCUUAUUCUUUUUCUUCCUCCCUUCGGUCUUUGCGCUCGCACCUCCCAACCGUCCUCACGUUGCCGACCUCUCUGUUUUUCUUUCGAUUGCUAUUCUUAUGAUGUCUGCGGCGGUUGCUCCGACUGUGGCCGCUAAUCUCCAUUCCGACAAUCGUAAAUCAUCCCCAAUGGAUUCAAAAAAGAACUUGGACGCUGAAGACUCGCAAGCGUCGGCUUCAGAAAACAAAAAUCAAAAACCAGACGGUGAUUCCCAAACAUCGCUAGGACCACCUCCGCGUCCUGCUAUCAGCAGUGCUGCUGAUACACCGGACUACUUCAACUCAGUGCACAACCCUUUUUCCCUGGAACCGAAUCCCUUCGAACAAUCCUUUGGCGGCGGCGGUAACGGCGGCGGUGCCUCGGGGGAAACACCGGGAAAGUCGAUCCUUCCUCCCGUAGCCUCUUUGACGUCUCCUGCCUUGCCCGGUAAUAACUCUGCCGGUGGUGGGUACAACUGGUCCAAUUCGCUCCGCUCUGGGCCUUUGAGCCCGGCUAUGCUCGCCGGUCCGACGAGCACCAACGACUACUUCGACAGCAUCGGUCGAGGCUUCCCCACCCCGAACGAAUCCUCAUUGCGCACCGGGUUAACGCCAGGCGGUGGCGGUUCCAUGUUCCCGGCCCCCAGCCCAAACUCGCAGGCGCUUCUCCAGCAGUUGCAAAGCGGGGGUGCGACCCCAUCGACCAUCGAGUUCCACCGGACCGCCCUGAACGCCGCAAAGAAGAACAACGCGAACGGCCCGACCUCGAACCCGACCUCCGAACCCGACCCAGGUAGUCAAGGCGCCAACAACAUGGAUGUGAAACCGAACGCGGCGGCGGGAGGCGAUCCGUUCGGCCACCAUGAUGCGGCGGAUGCAGCCAACGGGUUGUUUAUGCUCGCGAAAGGCGGACAACCGACUUCGAAUCAAUUUUCUACAUCCAAUCCUACCUCCGUCCCGCCGCAAAGUGUCCAGGUCAAUGAGCCGGACACCGGUGUCCAGAAUGCCAAUGGUUCGGCGCAUGCGGGCCGCGAGAUGAGCGGCAAUCUCUCUGAAGAGCUGGCGAAGCCGACUACCAAGGGCAAGGGAAAGAAGAAUGCUUCGGCGAAAGGGGCUGGCGCCGCCAAUAACAGGCGCAAGGCUGAUGAUCCUGUUACCAAGGGAGCCAACAAGAAGUCGAAACUCAACAGUGGGUCUGGUAGCAUGGAGCCGCCUUCGGAUUUCGAUUAUUCGGACAUGGAAGACGACAAGAAGAGGAUGCCGGGCGAUGGCAAGAAGAUGACUGACGAAGAAAAGCGAAAGAACUUCCUUGAGAGGAACCGGGUCGCGGCACUCAAGUGUCGACAGCGCAAGAAGCAGUGGCUUGCCAACCUGCAAGCGAAGGUCGAACUGUUCACGUCCGAGAAUGAUGCUCUCACGGCGACUGUCACUCAAUUGCGCGAGGAGAUUGUCAAUCUCAAAACCAUGUUGCUCGCCCACAAGGAUUGCCCGGUCUCGCAGGCUCAGGGCCUUGGCUCAAUGAUGAUGAACGGUAUCCCGCCCGGCUACGAGACACAUCCUUACAACAUGGGAAUGCAACCGGGCGCUAUUCCCGCGCAAGGAAUGCGGCGAGCGUAAGCCGCUAUCCCGGAUCUGAUUAUUUUGCUUCCAAUCUUUGAUACUCGCCGGAGUCCGGGGAAUCACUUUGGUAUUCUUCAUUGAAGAGAUUGUCCAUUCCCUCCAAUCUUCUUCGAGCCCCCGACUUCUCCCUCGGGCUUCUGGCUGGCAUGGGCAGGUGUUAUGAUGUAUACGAAUUCAAAACGGACGGGCUUAGUUAGGUUGUGCGACAUGGGAUUUGUUGAACCACUGGAGUGCAAAUUCGGCGCAAAAGUUGGCUGCUGUUUUCUUUUCUCCCGUGUCUUUUUCUUCUCUUUUUUUUUUAUCUUCUUGAACUAUUUCUAUUUCCCCUUUUUUGUCCUUCUUUGUGACCCAACCACUAGCCUGCGAGAAGCACGUGUCGGGCCCUGGACAAGUCCACCACCAUGAUAGUGUGCCCUGGCUUGCGUCCUCCACUCCCUCGCAGCCUGGCUUUGGGGUUUUUCAAUUCGCUUGUUUCAUAUUUGUGAUACUGGGUAUUGGCCUAUCUUAAUUCUUCCUGCGGGAAUAAGUGUUUGUUUGGGGGCGUUUCUGGUGGAUUCCUGCUGGUCUAUUGUUUUGAGACUUGUUAUUGUUAUUAGUGCGACCUUGCUAGUCAAGCAAUUGCUAUCGAUGUGCUUGGUUAUAUGAAGA